GCAUACAAACUAUCCGAAUAUUCAUUAGGAUUAUCCUUUACUCUGGUGAAAGACAAUCACCUAAAUGAGAUUAUUCUUUGGCGAAAGACUCUGCUACUUUUUCCUGUUUUCCAAUCAGAACUGAAAAUUGAUUUCCUCUGUGUGUUAAACAAAGUAAAUUGCCACGAUGAGAUUUUAAAGGAUUUGGAAGAAAGUGAUGUUCGCUGGGGUAGGGAGAUAAGACUUCUGCCGCCCCCCCCCCCCCCCCAUUGCUCCUAUUAGGUGCUAAUUACUCGACAACAAAAUAAACAAUUAUCGCCUCGAUUGGGGCUGAGGGGAUAAUGGGAGAAGAGAUCUUCAUUCAAAUGCUAAAACUUUCUAAUUGCACAGUUUUAAUUAAUGAAGUCGAAAGUCUGUACUAAUACAGUAUAUGGAAGGAAUUGGGCUAAGCCUGAACAUAGAGGGAGGGUAAUGGCUCGGCUUGGUUCCUGUGCUGGCGGUGGUGUGAAAACGCACUCUCAACUCUCAGAAACUUCGAAGGCGUCAGAGAGAAAAACUUCAAAAUGCCCAUUCACCAUUGAGAGUAUUCUGGGGUUGGAUAGGAGUGAGGAGACGGCGCCUCUUCUAACUCCCCAUCGAUCGUGGCUUAACGUUACAGCUUUUCCAGGGAGCUCGUGUCCCGAUGCCUCUGAGAGAUUCUGUGAGUCGGCAAACCCAGUGAAGGUUGGAAACAGGAGCUGCCCUGAGUCAGAAAGGCAGAGCGAGGAUCGCUUCUCUGGUCGGCCAAACUGUUACUGGUUUCGAGGGAGAAGAGCCAGGACUGCAUUUAGCAGGGACCAGAUUGAAGUAUUAGAAGAAGAAUUUCAGCUAAAUUGUUAUCCAGGGAUUGAUGUUCGUGAAGAACUUGCUCAGAAACUGGCUUUAGAUGAAGACCGAAUUCAGAUCUGGUUCCAGAAUCGCCGUGCAAAGCUGAAAAGAUCUCAUCGAGAAUCUCAGUUUCUGAUGGUGAAAAAUGCACUGAUAAAUUCACCUGUACAGAAAGCUGGCACCCAGCUAUAGGAACUCAAUCAUUGAUGCUCCAUUUUAUAGUUUGAAACUGAGGGACCAGGAAGGGCAGAAGUCUAUUAGAUUAGAUUAGAUUACUUACAGUGUGGAAACAGGCCCUUCAGCCCAACAAGUCCACACCAACCCUCCG